AUGUCAACCACCAAAGAAAAUGAUCCUGAUCGGAAUUAUGAUCGAUUGAAACAACUCAAAGAAUUUGAUGAAUCCAAGAUUGGUGUAAAAGGGUUGGUAGACCGUGGCUUAUCUACGAUACCAAGUUUCUUCGUCCACCCGGACUCCUCCAACCCACCAACUAAUUCGACCCGGAGCCGACAUAAUAUUCCGGUCAUCGACUUCACGUCUCCCAGGGAAAUCCUCGUGCAAAAAAUCCAAGAAUCCGCUUCAUCGUUCGGGUUUUUUCAAAUUAUUAACCACGGAAUCCCAUUAGCGACGAUUAAUCAUUUGCUGAAUUCCGUAACUUCAUUCAACGAGCUUCCAGAGAGCGAGAAAAUGAAAUAUUACAGCCGGGAUAUGGCCCACGGUGCCGCGUUUUCCACAAACUUCGAUCUCUACAUAUCAAAGGCGGCGAGCUGGCGGGACACGCUGCAGCUCCGCCUCGCCCCCACCCCGCCGGACUGGGACCACGUGCCCAGCUCGUGCAAGGAAGCAAUAAUUGAUUGGGACAAGGAAGUCGUAGCCAUAGGGGAGAAGUUAUUGGGAUUACUAUGCGAAGGAUUGGGUUUGGGAAAUACUGAUGUUCUCAAAGAAAUGUCGUGUUUGGAGGCGAGGAUAAUGGCGGCACAUUAUUAUCCCUAUUGCCCACAACCCGAACUGACGGCCGGGUUGACUUCGCAUUCGGAUCCGGGCGUGCUUACCGUUUUGGUACAGAAUGAGGUCCCCGGUUUGCAGGUGAAGGUUGGAGAGGAGUGGGUGUAUGUGGAGCCAGUGGAGGGUGCUAUCGUGAUCAAUAUUGGUGAUAUACUUCAGAUCAUGUCGAAUGACAAGUACAUAAGUGUGGAGCACAGAGUAUUGGCCAACCCGUGUAAAGAACCUCGCGUAUCUGUGGCAGUUUUCCUCAAUCCGAGCCUAAGAGAUAAAGUAUUUGGACCUUUAUUGGAGCUGUUAUCCGAUGAAAAACCGGCACAUUACCAGCAGUUCACAUUUGCAGAGCGUGCAAGGUGUGGUUCUGCAGAAAAGCUUACGCCUAAAAUGGAGCAGAAAAUUAACAAAGGAGAUGGAUCCAUCGGCGCCGUACCGAUUCAUAGCCAAGUUCGGAAAAUCAGGCAAGAAAUGGAGAAGAUCAAUCACCCGGCGCUCCAGCAGCCGGAGAUUAGACCGGUUGUUCAUGAAAUCGCCCGACAGAAGCGCUCCAGAUCGCCCCUAGGGUUAGCACAGAGGCCGAUCUCCGUUGGCAAUUAA